AUGCCUGUUGCAACUCAGGCUUCACUCAAAGGUCUCACUCCAGAACAACUGGAAGAUACGAGUUGUAGGCUGUGCCUGAACAAUACAUAUCACCUGGGCUUGAAGCCGGGCCAAAGCGUGUUGGAUUCAGUCGGGGGUGCUCAUCGAUUUCAAGGAUGGAACUACAAUAUCCUGACUGACAGUGGUGGGUUCCAAAUGGUCUCCUUGCUCAAAUUGGCAAAGGUCACGGAAGAGGGGGUUCGGUUUUUGAGUCCCCAUGAUGGCAGCCCAAUGCUGCUCACACCAGAACAUUCCAUGUCACUCCAAAACUCGAUAGGCUCCGACAUCAUCAUGCAACUGGACGAUGUCAUUCAAACAACAUCUCCAGACCAUGCAAGGAUCAAGGAGGCAACCGAUCGUUCUGUCCGAUGGCUUGACCGGUGCAUCAAAGCCCACAAGUAUCCGGAAAAGCAAAAUCUGUUUUGUAUCAUUCAGGGCGGACUCGAUCUGGAACUCCGGAGACAAUGCUCCAUUGAGAUGGUGGAAAGAGAUACGCCGGGAAUAGCCAUUGGAGGACUUUCAGGUGGUGAGGCCAAGGCAGACUUUUGCAAGGUGGUCGACACGUGCACCGGUCUGUUGCCUGAAAACAAACCCAGAUAUGUGAUGGGUAUUGGAUAUCCCGAAGACAUUGUUGUGGCCGUUGCCCUUGGAGCAGACAUGUUCGAUUGUGUCUGGCCCACGAGAACAGCUCGCUUCGGCAACGCUAUAACGUCCCAAGGCGUGCUCAACCUCAAACAUUCACGUUACGCGGAAGACUUCGGCCCCGUUGAAGACGACUGUACGUGCACGACAUGUCGGCCCAAAGCCGCCGGUGGACUCGGCAUGACCCGCGCAUACAUCUACCAUCUGGCUGCCAAAGAGACGGUCGGCGCACAUCUGCUGACCAUCCACAACGUACACCACAUGCUCUCGCUGAUGCGGCGCGCGAGACAGGCGAUUCUGCAGGAUCGAUACCCCGAGUUUGCGCGAGAGUUCUUCCGUAAGUAUUUUGAGAAAGACGGCCCGCCAGAAUGGGCGAGGGAUGCGCUCAGUGGAGUGGGGAUUACGAUCUGA